UAAAGAAGGAAAUGAUAGAUUUUGGAGGCCAGUAGAGAGUAGGGUUUAAGCAGAGAGCAACCAUGAACGAAUGGGAGCAACUAUGCGACGCCGCCAGGAACGGCGACGCCGAAAAGCUGAAGUCCCUGAUAGACUCCGGCGCCGACAUUAGCCACUUCGACGCGGAGGGCCUCACUCCUCUUAUGCACGCUGCAAAGCAAGGGCACGCACACAUCCUCUCCAUCCUUCUCUCUGCUGGCGCCCCAUGGAACGCCCUCUCUCCUUCCAACCUCUCCGCCGGUGACUUCGCCAUGGAAGCAGGCCAUCAGGACGCCUACGAGCUCCUCCUCAAUGCCGGGAUUCAGGCUGAACUGGUCCUGGGUACAAUUGCAAGAAAAGAAAAUAAAAAUGCCGAUUCUGAUCACGAUUACUUGGAAGAUAGGGUCAGUUUCAGCGAAGACAAACUUAUGGACACUGAUAGCAAGGCUGUGAUGAUGGCAUGGGAGAAGCCUUUGAUGGAGGCUCAUGCUAAAGCUGUUUGUUCGGGUGGUGGUCACAUACUCAAUAUUGGAUUUGGAAUGGGUCUUGUCGAUACAGCCAUUCAGCAGUAUGCACCUGCCACUCACACCAUUGUUGAGGCUCAUCCAGAGGUUUAUGAGCGCAUGCUUGGUACAGGAUGGGGGAAGAAGGAAAAUGUGAAGAUUGUUUUUGGUCGCUGGCAAGAUGUUCUGUCUCAGCUCGAAACAUAUGAUGGAAUUUUCUUCGAUACCUAUGGGGAGUACUAUGAAGACCUGAGAGAGUUCCACCAACAUCUUCCUGCACUGUUGAAGCCAGGUGGGAUCUAUUCAUUCUUCAAUGGUCUUUGUGGUGGUAAUGCAUUUUUUCAUGUUGUGUAUUGCCAUUUGGUUUCCCUUGAGCUCGAGAAUUUGGGUUAUUCCACGCAAUUGAUUCCUUUGCCCGUUAAGGAUUGUUUGGGAGAAGAAGUUUGGGAAGGUGUAAAACACAGAUAUUGGCAGCUUGAUACAUACUACCUCCCUGUCUGUCAGUCUUUAGAGGAUCCCGAGUGAUGUUCAUGCUAGGAGUGAGCCUUUAUUUUAGUUACAUAUUCAAAAUUAUUCCAACACAUCAUAAUUCAUAUGCUGUUGCUUGUGUAAUUUACCAAACAGUUUUGUAAUGUUACCAUUAGUUUCAUAAUGAAAUC